AUGAGCUUAACCAAGAAAGCACCCCAGUCAACUGAUCCAAAGCUAAGCGCCACUGUCAAACCAACAACUUUAAACCCUCAUGCUGCUGAGUUUGUUCCGUUUACUCUACGAUCUCCUUCAUCCGGAGGAGGUUCAGCCGCUUUUGAUGUCAAUUCAAGGCUUUUAGCUUCCUCUAGUUCUGUAGGGAAGGCUGUCCUCGACCGAUCAGAAUCAUCUGCAUCACAUCACUCAGAUGAAGAAGCACGCCAGUUCUGGAGUCACCAACUUCCUGAUGAUAUAACCCCAGACUUCAAGUUAAUGACUCAAGAUGACAAUUCGUAUCGACCUGGGAGCCUUUCACUAGCUAGCUUGUCCUUGUAUGACGCUAAUGAAGCUGAAAACUUUCCUUCUCCUAGUGGAGGAUAUGGAUUUUCAGACCAACCUGGAUUAGCUUCACACAACGCUAAUGGUAGUAGCUUGUCUGACAAGGUUAGAUAUCCCAUUUCUUCAUUCGGGGAAGAUCCUCAACGACCCAGUUUCAUGCAUCUGAGUCCAAAGCCUUGGGACAAGCAAAUCAUGAACACCGAGCAGCUUCUUGGUAAUGGCAGGGAAGGAAACCCUUUCAGUGGGAACUCUCGACAUGGGUUCAUUAACGACAUGAUCACUGAUAGUCCCAAUAUAGGGGAAACUGAGGUGAACCCUGUGGAAUUUCUUGCUUCUCAGUUCCCUGGUUUUGCUGCUGAAAGUCUAGCAGAAGUGUAUUUUGCUAAUGGGUGUGAUUUGCACUUGACAGUUGAGAUGCUUACUCAGCUUGAGCUACAAGUGGAUGGUGGCAUGAAUCAGAACAUAAGCCCUAAGACUUUUGCUGCUCCUAAUCUAACUCCCAUGGAUUUUCCUGCCCUUAGCAUCUCAAAUAGCCAGGGUAUUCCUGCCCAGUUUGGUGGGGAUGACUUGCAACAAACUGGAAAUCAUUACCAAUCUGCUGAAAAGGAUAACAUGUUUUUCUUCAAGUCGGGCCCAUCAGUUGGUUCAGUUGAUUAUGUUUCUGCUGUCAGGAAGUUAGCAUCCCAGGAUUCUGGUAUGUGGAAAUAUGAACGAAAUGACUCAGCCGACUCAUCUAUUGGCUCAAGCAGAAAUUCUCAUCCUUCAGCUGGUGCUUACAAAAGUGGGCGUGGGAGGAGUGUUUAUUCUGAUAAGCUGCAAAGUCGCGCCCCAAAUCGACCUGCUCCUGCCUGGGUGGAGACCGGGGAUGCAGUUGGGAAUAUGUACUCUGAGUCACGCGAGGAAGCACGCGACUACGCCCGUCUGCGGAAUGUAUACUUUGAACAGGCACGCCAAGCAUACCUUGUUGGUAAUAAGGCCUUAGCUAAAGAGCUAAGUGUGAAGGGACAGUUGCAUAACAUGCAGAUGAAGGCUGCUCAUGGGAAAGCUCAAGAAGCCAUAUACCGUCAGAGGAACCCGGUGGGUAGAGGGAGUGAGAGAAUGAUAGACCUGCAUGGGUUACACGUGAGUGAAGCAGUUCAGGUGUUGAAGCACGAACUAAGCGUGUUGAGGAGCACAGCUCGAGCAGCACAAGAGAGGCUUCAGGUUUACAUAUGUGUAGGAACUGGGCAUCACACAAGAGGUUCCCGGACUCCGGCUAGACUCCCAGUUGCCAUACAGCGUUACCUACUCGAAGAAGAAGGCCUUGACUAUUCUGAGCCUCAGGCCGGUCUCCUUAGAGUCAUCAUAUACUGA